AGACACGUCAAUAAUCAGUGCUCCCUACACGCGAAAUGGCCAGCUCCAAAGUCGCUCCUUCCAAACCCGCCGCCUCCUCCGCAGUCGAAUCGCUAUGGAAGGCUUACGUCGAUACCACCUCCCCUAGACUCAAGUUUGUCGACUCUUUCCUAAUCUUCCUGAUUCUCUCGGGCGUGCUGCAGUUCGUGUACUGCGUGCUCGUCUCCAGCUUCCCUUUCAACGCGUUUCUAGCUGGCUUUGCCAGCACGGUUGGUCAGUUUGUCCUGACCGCUUCGUUGCGGUCUCAAGUGAAUUCCGAAAACAGAGGCCUCUUCAAGGACGUGUCUCCGGAAAGAGCAUUCGCAGACUUUGUCAUCGGAUCCAUCGUGCUACACUUCUUCGUAUACAACUUCUUAGGUUGA